ACCACCAACCCUCGUCACCGAGGGCCGGGCCGCCGUCGAGCACGGCGCGGGCUCCUGAGGGGCGCCGGGCGCCCUCGGCGCGGCCGCGCGGGGGCGGCUCUCCGGAAGAGGCCCUCCUCGGAGGCCUUCCAGGGGAGCCUCCAGAGGAGGCUCCCCCUCGGAGGCUCCCCCUCGGAGGCUCCAGAGGAGCCUCCUGCGGUCGGCGGGCUCUCGGUGAGCUCUCUUUUUUUAGGGGGGCCCCGCGCGGCCAUCGCGUGCUGUCUGCGCCGCGGUGCGCGAGCUGCGGCCCUCCUCCUCCUCCUCCGUGUCGAUCUGCUCCUCCCUCCCCCCAUCUCCUCCCCACCCCCUCCACAGGAUGGAGGGGCCGCGUAG